UCGGGAAAACAGCCCAAUAUAUGGGGCGAGACGGGUGUGUAGCUGAUGUGAAGGAAGAAAUUUCCACGUGAAAGUGUGUCCUGCCAGGCAGUAGCCAGCGCUUGGUCCGCUGUUGGUGCCGAAUGCCUCCUGGACAGUCCUGGUGCUGCCCGGGAAGGGGCACUGGCCACAGUGCCAGGCCCCCCACCCCCUUUGGGAGCCGGGUACCUGCGGUCUCAGCAUCCUCUUUCCGGUAAGGGAUGCGGAAAACUGCACUUUAUCGGAGUCGACAGGGCUCAUCAAGUGACCGAGCACACUUUGCUUCACACCUGAAUUACUCCCCCUGAAGGAACUUUUAGGAAGUAGCUUUCGCCCUCCAUUGAAUGGGCCAAGUGAGAGAAGCCUUGAUGGGCCGUGGCUCGAGCAUGGUUCAAGUGACGUGGUGUUCAAGCAACCACUUUAAGUUUCUUCCUUAGGGAGCGGGAGCCUGGUGCGGGCAGAGUUCAGAUGAGUUGGAUGGCGCUCUGGAAGGGCCGCAGGCAGCCCCAAAGCCUGGCGAUGGCACCAAAGGCCAAGAGAGGAUUGAGAGGCUCCAUUGAUGACGUCCUUGAGGACCUCCUGGGGGACGAGACGACACUACCUGAGAAGCCUGUGAAGAUGGCGCCACGUGCCAGAGAUAAGACAGGCGUCGCCCAGGCGCUCCCUUCCGCAAGGGCGAGGACAGAGUCCCUCCUGGAACAGGACGCCUUCGGCACCAUGGCCGACCCGGCAGGAGCGGAGGCCGAGGAUUCUGACAUCUCAGAUGCAGACCCGCAGGCUUUGCUCCAGGCCAUGAAGGAUCUGGACGAGAUGGAUGCUGACCUCUUGGGUCUGAAGACGUCUCCUCGAGCCCCUCACAAAGGCGCCGCCAAGGGUUCUGGGAAAGAAGAGCUGCCUAGCAGCCCCCAGCCCAUCGCUCCGCUCACUGCCCAUGAGAAAGGGGAUGCCAUUCCCACCAAGAAGCCCUCCCCGUCUCCCAGCAGCUUUGGGCGUCAGUACAAGAAGUUUUCUUUCGAAGACUCGGAAGACCCGUUGGCAGGACUUCUCUCCGACGAUGAGGAAGGAACCACCAAGAAGCUGCCUGGGGCAGAGGGCAAAGCGGUUUCUGAAAAGAGCCCAGUCCCAACCAGAGACCAAGGUCCCUCCAUUCCCCUCACUCCUGGGGACACCCCCGUCCGGAAGAAAGAAGAGCUGCUCUUUGAUGACGAGGACGACCUCAUGGCCGCCCUGGGGUUUGGAGACAGCCCCAGAGCAGAGAGGAGGCAGCCAGGAGACCAGGAAGGGCCCCGCCCUGCUCGCUCCACGCUGGAUGAGCUGCUGGGUCGUCUGGGCACCGGGGAGCCCCUGGAGCUCAAGUUGGACGGGAAGUGCCAGGGUGAGGAGCCGGCGGACAAUGAAGACACCUGGGCCAACGGGGACUUCACCUUUGGGGCCUAUCAGCCCACCGUGGGCUCCUCCGGGGGCCGGCAGUCCCGCCGGCAGCCAGGCAGGUUCUUUGCAGAAGAUGGCAUAGACUGCAAGGGAGAACCAGGCUCCAAGCAGACUGCCCCAGCGACCACCAGCCCCACCGCCCCCCGGAAGGGGGGGGCCGACUGGUUGGGCCUCAAGGAUGAAGAUGAGGACCUGCUCCCUCCCUCUCCCACCAGAGAGCCUCGCAGGAGAGGCGGCUCCGCACUCCCCACACCCUCCAUGCCCCAUCCCGAGAGAGAGCCUUCUGCUCCAGGCCCGCGCUCUGCCCCAGCGGGGCUGCCCCUCUCCUCCGGGACACAGCCACCAUCCGCGGGAGCAGACCCCCCUGCCAAAGCCGGCCGGCCCUGCCCGCCCGGAGUGUCUGCGGAGGAAGAGGAGGACUGGCUGAGCCAUGCCUUGUCUCUGAAGAAGGCCCGAGACCUGGCCAGAGAAGAGCGCACUGCGGCCUCUAAGGGCCAGAUCUCGGUGGGGGCAGCGGGCCGACCCCCUUCCAGCAGGGGUUCUGACUUGGGUGGAGAAUUCCUCGGCCAGCCUGCUGCGAGCCCGCGAGGGCUGGAGCCAGCAGCUGCUGGAGGGACCGCAGGACCAGCAGCACUAAAGCCGCCGGGCCAGCCUGCCGCCUCGGGGGCCCCUGUGACCUGGAACCCAGCCGCCUUGGCCCUCUAUGCAGGCGACUCAAAGAAGGACACAGUCCCUGGAGACCUCUCUGGCACUGAGCCUGCAGUGCGUUUCCCGAGCUCCCAGGACCCCACAGGGCUUGCUGGGCCGGUCCAGUCCCUGCUGCCGGGCACCGGAUACCAACAGCAGCUCCUGGCCGCACAGGUGCAGCUUCAGAGUGGCACCGCCCAGCUCCAGGCCGAGCUGCUGCAGAGCCAGGCGCAGCUGGCAGAGCUGGAAGCCCAGGUACGGAAGCUGGAGCUGGAGCGGGCCCAGCACAAGCUGCUGCUGGAGACUUUGCAGCAGCGACACCAGGCCGACCUGGAGCUCAUCGAGAAUGCUCACAGGUACCCCUGCCCGGGGCCUUCGGGGCUCCCCAAGUGCCAGGCGGCCGAGCAGGCCCGGGCCGAGCUCACCACCCAGCACCAGCGGCGCUUGGCGGCGGCCGAGCAGGAGAAGGACCAGGAGGUGGAGCGGCUGCGGCAGCUGCAGCGGGCCUCCGUCCUGGAGAUGCGCAAGGACCACGAGGAGCAGCUGCAGCGGCUGAAGCUGCUGAAGGACCGAGAGAUCGACGCCGUCACCAGCGCCACCUCCCACACGCGGUCCCUGAAUGGCGUCAUCGAGCAGAUGGAGCAGUUCUCCAGCAGCCUGAACGAGCUGUCCUCCCGGGUGGAGGCCUCGCACCUCACCACUGCCCAGGAGCGGGAGCUGAGCCUCCGGCAGCAGGACACGCAGCUCCGAGCGCUGCAGGAGAGGCUGGGCCUGCAGCAGCGGGACAUGGAGGAGGAGCGGAGCCGGCUCCAGCAGGUCAUCGGGAAGAUGGAGGCCCGCCUGAGCGAGCAGAGCCGGCUGCUGGAGCAGGUGAGCCGUCCUCCACCCCGCGGGGCCCAUCUCCCAGAGCCCCAGGGAUCGUCAGUGGCCACGCAGCGCGCCCUGGAGGAGCAGAGGAAGGUCCUGGCCCAGCAGACGGCCAUGGAGCGGGAGGAGCUGGAGCGGGCCAAGAGUGCCCUGCUGGAGGAGCAGAAGGCCGUCAUGCGCCAGUGUGGGGAGGAGCGGCGGCGCCUGGCGGCCGAGUGGGCCGAGUUCUUCACGCAGCAGAAGCUGAGCAAAGAGCGGGCCGAGCGAGAGGCGGAGUGGGCGCUGCAGGUGGACGCCCAGCGGGAGGGCACCCUCAUCCGCCUGGCCAAGGAGCAGGCAGAGCUGAAGACCCGGGCCAGGGAGCUCCGGGCCAAGGAGGACCAGCUGGCGGCCGAGCGGGAGGCUCUGGAGCGGGAGCGGGAAGAACUGCGGCAGGAGAAGGAGCGGGUCAGCGCCGCCGCCCUGCGCCUCAGGCUCCGCUCCGAGGAGAGGGCUCCUGCUCCCCCAUCUGGCUCCACCGACCCCCCACCUCCAGACCCUCAUGGCCGUGUCCUUCUCUCUGGGGACGGGGGACAGGAGCGUCUGAGUCUGGCCCAGCAGAGGCUGCAGCUGGACCAUGUCCGACAGGACCUACCCUCUGGUCCCGUGGCACCGCUCGCCCAGGCCCAGGGCCUGGCAGCCUCCGGCCCGAGUGCCUUUUCAGCCAUCAUGGCUCCUGCUCCCGCCAACCCUCAGGGCAUCCAGCCAUCAGCCACCCCGGGCCCCUCGCUUCGCCACACCAAGCUGGUGCUGCUGCAACACACAGCUGAGGAGGACCAAGACUUCUUGGAGAAUGAGCAGUUCUUCCUGGAGACCCUGAAGAAAGCCUCCUACAAUAUGACAUCCCACUCAGCCUAAAGGACCCUGCUGCCUCCUCAACAGAAGACUCGGACCCUGACACUCUGUCCUAGCGCCCCCUGGCUGCCAGCUCCAGGGAGGGGGUGCCCAGGGAAGGCUCUGAGAUGCCCAGGGCCUGAUAACAACUCUUCAAGUAGACAGGGUACAAGGGCAUUCCCACCACCGCAGCUGAGGCAGGCAGGUGCCCCCAGGCCUUGGGCUUGACAAUGGCCUCUGGGGAGACACAGUGCUGAGUGUCUCUGCCCCCAGAACUGUCAGCUUCAGCUUUGGUUCUCUGGGCCCCUCCCCUCGUGGGUAGGCAGGUGGUUGAGGGAUCUUUUCACCUGGGCCUCUUCUGAGGCAGGGGGUCUUCUCCAGGGAUGCCCCGAGCAGCCUCCUGCCCUCCCACCUGAGGCCAGCAGACAGCAAAGGCCCCCUCCCGAAUGGGGACGUGGAGGCAGACCAUGUGUUUUGAAGGGCCUCUGUCCUCUUGGCCAGGGAUGGGGUGCAGGGGCAGGAGAGCGUGGGAAUUGCAAUUACUUGUGAAUUACUUGGAAGGGACAUGUCCUGGUGAACAUGAAGGCAGAGCGGUGAGCUGAGUGGGCCCUGAGCAGGCAGUUUGUGUGUCUGUCGCAGAACAGCUUUCGGGGGGAACUUGUUUACCCACAAUCUACAGCCUUCAUCUUGGACCCAUUAAAGUGCUAUCUGUUUUUUAAUCCAA